AUGGAGAAAGAGUUUAAAGACUGUUCUAAAUGUUCGGGUAAGAUGAACAUUCUAGAUGAUCACGUUUUUUGUUAUAAACAUCGUCUCUGUAACGAGGCCUUUCCAUGUGACACUUGUAAAACCUGGUCAAAGGAACGGCGGGAUAAAAUAACGAAGAUGAUCGAGAAAAGUGUACAGAAAACAAUUAAAAUGAACAGUAGGGUGCCUCAGUCCGUCUGUGGAGACGGCAUGGCAGUGCAGGACGUAAGUCCGUCUGUGGAGGCGGCAGUCCAGGAGUCAAACGACAAUGCCUUACUGAAUGCCGAACGUAACAGACCCGACGUCGUGGAUUUAUCCGCAAUUAUUCAAGAACAAGUAAGACAGCAGGUCGAAUUGUUACUUAAACAAAAGAAUGUUGAUGAAAAUUUUAAUGAUCAACAUAACAUAUCGGCAUUGGCAGCAAACGAGGCAAGGUUGACCAGAGGAAAUGAGACCACCAAUUCCAAAACGGCAACCAUUAGCAGACCUCAUUUUGACAAGUUUAAGGCUUAUGAUGAACAUAUGUCAGCCUUUGAGUCCAGUGUUGCAGAUGUGUUGUCUGUUAAUGCACGAGAUAAUGAUUUUGAGGAUAUAGAUUCUAAUGCAUCAUUUGGUGGUUUGUGUACCAAUUCAGAUGCGGCCGUAGAGGUGCCUUUUGGUGCACCAGAUUCUUCUGAUCCACUACAGUGGAACGGUUUUGUUUCAAAGAUGGCAAAAGUGCUCAAUAUUGAUCUUGAAGCUGAGGAUCCAUUAGAAAAUGAAAGAAAAUCAUUUAUUUCUUCGCGAUUGAAGGGAGACAAGAGUGACAAGAAAAAGUCUCUCCUUAAAAUGCCUAUUGAAGGAACACUCAUUGAUAUGAUUAAGACGGUUGAGAAAGAAGCUACUUCGGGGCAUUUGAAAAAUAGGUCAGUACGUGGCAGAGAUGAUAAAGCAUUUAUGGUUAAAAAGGAUGACUUUGACGCCUUUUGUAAUCCUCCAAAGUUGGAUGACAACAUUGAGGAGGGAUUAGUAGUAGGCCAGAAGGGUAGUUUUGGAAAAUCAAAAGUGAAUCUUUCUCCUUUUCAUAAGGAGUUAGAUAAUGACUUUCGGCGAAUUGACAAUUCAGCAAGAGCCUUAUUCAGAGCCAUUUCAUAUGGCACUAUGAUAGCAGCUUUCUUAGAUGAGGCUGAAUGUGAGGAUGAUGAGUGGAAGGACGUAAAGCCCUCAUCAACUGUUUCAGAAGCAUGGCUGAUUUGA